UCGAGAAUUGAUUUUAAAUGCUUGCCGUCAAGAUUGGCUUGGGUUACGUCCACAACUAGUAACGAAGCGCCGCUAAUUGUACAGGUGUGUCUUAUAGCACCUCAGCAUGGCUGUGGUCAUCCGUUUGCAGGGUCUACCCAUUGUGGCGGGCACCAUGGACAUUCGCCAUUUCUUCUCCGGACUGACCAUCCCAGAUGGUGGUGUGCAUAUUGUAGGGGGCGAACACGGCGAAGCUUUUAUCGUGUUCGCUACUGACGAAGAUGCAAGACUCGGAAUGAUGCGCACAGGGGGGGCAAUCAAAGGAUCCAAAGUGUCGCUGUUGCUGAGUAGCAAAACCGAGAUGCAGAACAUGAUCGAGUUGAGCCGCAGGCGCUUUGAAAGCGGUAGCGUAGAAGUUGCUGCAGGAAAUGGCAACAGAUCAGGGCCACCUAGUUCUACAGGGGGAAGUGGAAGGGGUAGCUUGCCAACCACUGCACAAGGUUUUAGUAACACCACAUCAACCACAGCCACCACAGCUGUCUCCUCUAACGAGCCUGUAAACAAUAAAGCUGUCCCUACUUUUGCCUCGACAACCAUGGGCAACAUGCCUGCAAACUUUAACAACUUCAGCAGCCCGAGUCUUAGUGUAGGCUCCACUAUGACAACUGCCAUGUCCUCCUUGAGUUCUGUACCUCCUCCCAUACCCCCCUUGCCCUCUAUGCCAACAUUACCACCCAUGCCGCCAAUGCCAGUUCCACCACCAGUGUCCGCAUUACCCCCAGUACCAACUGUUAAUCCUCUCAGCUCAGUGCCUCCAGUACCGCCAAUGGCUCACAUGCAGCACAUAUCUGGUAUUCCUCCUUUUAAUCCUGGUGUACCUCCACCAGUUGGCCCUAUGACUGGUGGUCUUGGGCAUUCAGGACCACCGCUCUUAGGAAACCCAAAUCCAAUAUUUCUUAACCCAUUGAACCCCCUAAAUCCACUCAGUCUCCAAGCACAUUUGAAAUCGGCUGUGGGAAGCCCAGACGAGUUGUUCAUUCAGCUCCAAGGCCUUCCUUUCAAUGCGUCCGAAAUUGAAAUUAGAGAUCUUUUCCACGGGCUUGCAGUCGACUCUAUUAGGAUACUCCGGGACAAUAUGGGUAGAAGCAGCGGCAGGGCUUUGGUUAGGUUCUUCUCACCUCACGAUUCCUUUGAAGCUCUCAAACGAAACAAUGCAAUGAUAGGCCAAAGGUACGUAGAGAUAGCUCCUUCUUCAGAGAGGCAGUGGAGAGAGGGUCACGGACCGAACGUAGGGCAUGGAAAAAUGGGUAAUGAACCUGAACACAACCGUCAUCAUCGUGGCGGUCCCAAUUUGAGUUCCCCCUCUGGUCGAGAGCGUGCUAGGUCCCGCUCCCCUCACAAACAGGAAUUCUGUGUGUAUUUAAAGGGGCUUCCAUAUGAAGCAGAAAACAAACAGAUAUUUGAGUUUUUCAAAAACCUGGACAUUGUUGAGGACAGUAUUUACAUUGCAUACGGCCCCAACGGCAGGGCGACAGGCGAAGGUUUUGUUGAGUUCAGAAAUGAAAUGGACUACAAAGUUGCCCUUGGGUGCCACAUGCAGUAUAUGGGUAGUCGAUUCAUUCAGGUGCACCCCAUCACAAAGAAAAACAUGUUUGAAAAGAUAGACGGAAUCCGUAAAAGAUUGCAGGGAUCGCAGAGCGAUCAGAAAGGCAGCUUGUCCGAGGGAGGUAAGGGCUCCAGAACAUGCGCCCACAUAACGAAUAUUCCCUACAACGUCUCGAAGAAAGACGUGCGUUUGUUUCUAGAUGGUAUUCAGAUGUUUGAGGACAGUCUCAAAGUGCUAGUAGAUGGCAACGGCAAUGGCCUCGGCCAGGCUGUGGUGCAGUUUAAAACUGACGAGGACGCUCUCAAGGCUGAGCGGUUACACAGGCAGAAGUUAAACGGCAGGGAUGCUUUUGUCCACUUAGUCACAUUCGAGCAAAUGAAGGAAGUUGAGAGAAACCCGCCCCCACAGACCAAAAGAGGUCAGAAAGCUCAAGCUAAUUCCCUUGCCCACGCACAAGCUCAAGCACAAGCUCAGGCUCAAGCGCAAGCUCAGGCUCAAGCCCAGGCCCAGGUGCAAGCACAAGCUCAGAUUCAAGUCCAGGCACCACAUGCUUUUCCUGGAAUGACUGGAGAUGAGUUUAAUUUUCUGAGAAACGCUGUAGGGAAUCUUGGUAAUGGACCUCCAUUUGUCAACCCUUUUGCUGCCCCGGGUAAUGGACUUGCUGGUCCACCACCUUUGCCGCCAUUGGGUACAGCUUUGGGUGAUGUGUCUCUUCCAGUUCCUCCACCCAUGGUUGGAGGACAUUUACCAGGGCCUGUUUUAGAGCCUCCUGUAUUCCGGCCAGGAGGAGCAAGUGGUGCACCUCCCGGCUUUCCCGGAGCGCCGGAGAACUUAAGAGGCAUGUCUCCUUUUGACAAUGGUUCGUCAAGAAAGGGUUUGAGUCAGAAUCGUGGCGGCAGCCAGGGGCGUUCAGGAGGUUCCCAACCUGCUUUUGGACAAUCCCCUGAAAGUCACAGAGGCUCGGCAAGUGGCGCUGGUCCAGGUGACCCCCGGCCAACCAUUGUCAAAAUCCAGAACAUGCCUUUUACAGUCACGGUUGAUGAAAUAUUAGAUUUCUUUUAUGGAUACAAGGUGUUGCCUGGCUCUGUGUGCUUGCAGUUUAGCGAGAAAGGACUGCCUACCGGGGAAGCGAUGGUUGCUUUUGAUUCACAUGAGGAAGCGAUGGCUGCGGUUAUGGACCUGAACGAUAGGCCAAUCGGGUCAAGAAAAGUAAAGAUCACAAUGGGAUGAAAGAUUUAUCUGUAAAAACAUUUGGUGGCGUCUUGACAGUUUUGACUGUUUUUAUUUGCGGAACUAUGAACUACAUAACGGUGGAUCCCCCUUUUUGUUUGUUUUUGUUUUUUGCUUUGAUACAACAUGCUAGAUUUACUCUGUAAAGUGGAUUGAUUAUUGAAAAUCUACGUACAUUAAUUCAACGCACGCUAUGGUGGUUUUAUGACAUGGUUAGGACAAUACAAAAGCUUCAAGGUUUCUCAAAACUGUAUAGUUGUAAAAGCUGAAGUGUUGCAGGUAUAAAGAAACCUAAGAAUGCUUUUGCUCAGAUCAGAUUUGCUGUGUUUGAGUGCGCAAGUGUAAGCUGACACUGAGGCUAUGCUAGAGCAUUUAUAUGUACUGGUGGUCCCUUUCAGCUGAUACAUAAGCUGUAAUCGGUUGAUAUUCUGUACCCAAGUCAACUUUUUUUUUUAUUAUUAUUAUUUCUGAAGAUUUUGCACUUCUUUUUAUAUGCUUUGUCUGUUCUCUGCUUUCUCAGAUUGGGGUUUACACCCAGUGCUGCCACGCAUGGUGUGUUUGCUCCCAAAUUAUAAAUCAAGAGUUUCCCUCAAUGCUCAGUUUUACUCUAUUUGAUUUAAAUGCAUGCCCGUGUUUUGUCAGUACAUGUUCCUCUGCCAGCAGAGUGUAUGGGAUGAAGCUUACCUGUGAGAAAGACGAGAUGUUAAACACAUGUAUCAGGCUCCCUCUCAGAACGGAUCAGCAGGAUUAUCAGUAAAUGUGGCUGUGUAAUUAAUGUUUUGUGUAUGAAAAAGCUUUUCAUUCUUCUCUUGCUUGUGCUCGUCCUACACUGUGCUUUGCUGUGUUUGCUAUGAUGUGUAUAUCUAUACAGUAGCAUUAUUGCUUCUCUUUCUUGUUUUUUAAGGUCUCAGCCCUAAGCAUUUCACAUUAUGUUGGUGUUUAGUUUAUUUGCUGUUGUACAUAUUUUUCCAGCCCAGCUAUUUUGUCAAUAAAAUGACAUUCCUGAAAUGAUGAAUCUGGAAGGUAUUGUAUUUUAUCCUGUCUUCAUGUCUCUCCUUCAGUCCAUAAAUGAAUAAAGUUGGUUUUUCCUCUGCUGA